AUGAUAGAAACUUCGAUAAUAGCAUCCCCAAUUACAAGACGUAGUGUUGGCGGGAACAGCAAUAAUUCCUUGAGAAGGAGAAGUCUUAUACCGCAAAAAAAUCGGUUAAAUAAGGAUGAGGAACGCAAUGAUGAUGAUGCGGAAAGAUCGUCAUUGGUGGCAUCUGAGAGAGCAGUUGUAUCUUCUACACCCUUGGCCUCGCCACGCCGUGCCAGAGACACAAUAUCAUCAUCACCGCAGAAAGAACAUUUUCAAGGCUGUCUUAAACUUUAUGCAGAAAAUAAAAUAAACAAGGACAAUGCUUGGAACCUUCAGCUAAUUGACUUCAUGACGUCAAUGCUUCGACGACAUGACUCUCGCAUGGACAAUCUGCAGACUGCGUCUACUGUGGUGGAUGCUUCUGCAAGAAUAUAUUCCUUUAGAGUAGAUGCAGUCCACUAUGAUGUUUUGAAAAUGGCAGGAGGCUUAAGUAAAGCUGCUCAGACUAAGAGAGGAAAGAAGGAUGACGAUGUUGGCUCUCAAGAUGAAGGUGCCGCGGAUGGGGAGAACGGUACAUUGGCAAAGAAAAAGAAGAAGAGGUCUAAAGGUGCCAUAGCCCCCAACCCAGAAGUUUUGAAUGGUGGUUUUGACGCUAAUGAUUGUGUAGAUCCAUUUUUUGAGAGACUUGCAGCAACAACGGGUGAUGUGACUUCGUCAAAUAGAGCGUUCAAUGCUACACUACCAAUACAUGACAAGACUUUAGCAUUAAUCUUAAGGACAGAUUAUCGGUAUUUGGAACCGAUAAAAGAGAAUGCUCAUGACAGCUUGGAUUUGAACGAACACAUCUCUUUGCCCGCCAAGUUGCUUCCGGCCUUUAAAGAAUCUGAUCAUAUAUGCGAGCCCUUUGCCGGAUUCUCAAUCAGCAAUUGGGACCCCGAAACAGAGGACGCGGAGAGUCGUGUUAACAACUGGGUUGAAGACAAUCGUUUGAACCUUUCUCAACAAGCACUGGCCUUUGACGUGAAUGCUGAGGUUGAGCCUAUACCCCAGGAUGUGGCAGAAAAUGAUUUAUUCGACGAAGAGCCGCUGGGCGGCAUCGAGAGCGAGGAGGAGGCGGACGUGGCGGUGGCGGCGGCGGCGGCGGCGGCGUGCGCGGCCCGCGGCGGCGCGGCGGCGCGGCUGCUCGACAUGCGCCCGCUGAGGGCGACCGACUCGCGCCUCGAGUACUCCUACUGCGGCGCGAUCGUCGCCGCCUGGGCGGGGCCCUCGCACUGGCGGCUGCGCAACAACCGCGCGUCCAAGCUGUCCGAGCGCACGCAGUCCACCGCGGCGGGCAGGCUGACGUGCGAUGGCAAGAAGCCGCCGCGCUCCAAACGGCAGCUGGACUUUCUGGGGGCGGGGCUGGCGUUCGACUGCCGCGCCGAGCCCAGCGGCGAUUACGAGCCCACGCAGCCAGCCAAGAUCAUGAUAAGCCGCAAAACCCUCGCGACCGGCCACACGUGGAACGAGGCGAACUUCAAGACCCCCAUAGAUAGGGGUUUGGACGAGUCGCAUUUCCGCAAGCUUUUCCUGCGCCGUAACGUUAUGCUGCUGCGAAAGAGGGACUUGGAGCAAAGCAAGCAACCGGAGCCAGAGCCACUCACUGUUGAGGCGGCCCGGGACUAUGAUUACAACAAUGAGAAUGAUGCUUCAUACUGUCCUAAUCAUUUGCCGGAUGCUGAUGAAUGGGGAAACGAUGAUGCCACAGCCGCAGGAGAACUACAUGACCAAGUUAAGACUGCAGAGCAGGAGGAAAUUGGCGACAUGUUAGAACCGCCUACGAAGGUAGCAAAGAUUUUUAUUCCCUAUGCAAUGCGGGCUAAAAAAGUAGACAUGAAACAAUUGAAAAACUGUACUUGGAAAAUGCUCACAAGCAAAACAUUA